AUGGCCGGCUCGGAGCAGCCGCCGCCGCGGCGAGAGGACGGCGAAGCGCCGCUGCCCAUCGAGGACGCGGAGCUGGCGCUGGCCGGCAUUAACAUGCUGCUGAACAACGGCUUCCGCGAGUCCGACCAGCUCUUCAAGAAAUACCGGAACCAGAGCCCAUUAAUGAGUUUUGGAGCCAGCUUUGUCAGUUUUCUGAACGCCAUGAUGACCUUUGAAGAGGAGAAAAUGCAGCUGGCCUGUGAUGACUUAAAGGCUACAGAGAAGCUCUGUGAAAGUGAAGAAGCUGGAGUUAUAGAAACAAUCAAGAAUAAAAUUAAAAAGAAUGUGGAUGGACGCAAAUCCACUCUCUCCAUGAUCGAUCGUCUCCAGAGGCAAAUCAUCGUAGCAGACUGCCAGGUCUACUUGGCUGUGCUCUCCUUUGUGAAACAAGAGCUAUCAGCAUACAUCAAAGGCGGGUGGAUCCUCCGCAAAGCCUGGAAGAUUUACAACAAGUGCUACACAGACAUUAACACCCUGCAGGAAAUCUAUCAGAAGCAAAGAGCCGAGGAAGCCCUGCCUGGCGAUGCCGCCAAUGACAAUCACAUUGCUGCAGAGGGUGUAACGGAGGACUCGCUAAACAGACUGAAAGGUGCCGUUAGCUUUGGAUACGGACUUUUCCAUCUUUGCAUAUCCAUGGUGCCCCCCAACCUGCUCAAAAUCAUCAACCUGCUGGGUUUUCCUGGAGACCGCCUGCAGGGCCUCUCUUCACUGAUGUAUGCAAGUGAAAGUAAGGACAUGAAGGCCCCUUUAGCUACAUUAGCUCUCUUGUGGUACCACACAGUUGUUCGUCCCUUUUUUGCCCUCGAUGGCAGUGAUAACAAGGCAGGAUUGAAAGAGGCAAAGGAAAUCCUUGCCAAAAAAGAGUCUGCUUACCCCAAUUCUUCUCUGUUCAUGUUCUUCAAGGGGAGGAUACAGCGAUUAGAGUGUCAAAUCAACAGUGCCUUGACCUCAUUUCAUACUGCUUUGGAACUUGCAACAGACCAAAGGGAGAUUCAGCAUGUCUGCUUAUAUGAAAUAGGUUGGUGCAGCAUGAUAGAGAUGAAUUUCAAAGAUGCAUUUGAAUCCUUUGAGAGGCUGAAAAAUGAAUCCAGGUGGUCCCAGUGCUACUAUGCUUAUCUAACAGCAGUGUGUCAGGGAGCCACUGGUGAUGUCAGUGGUGCUCAGAACGUCUUCAAGGAGGUGCAGAAGCUCUUCAAGAGGAAAAACAACCAGAUUGAGCAGUUCUCAGUGAAAAAGGCAGAGCGGUUCAGAAAGCAAACGCCGACGAAGGAGCUCUGUGUGCUGGCAUCCAUUGAAGUGCUGUACUUAUGGAAAGCUCUUCCCAACUGCUCCCUCUCCAACUUGCAGCACAUGAGCCAAGCUUGCCAGGAUGUUGAUGAUUCAUCAGCUGUUGGGUUGAGGAAUUUGCUCCUUGGUGCCAUACACAAAUGCUUAGGGAACUCUGAAGAUGCUGUUCAGUACUUCCAGCGAGCUGCUAAGGAUGAGCUGUGCCGGCAGAACAAUCUGUACAUCCAGCCCUACGCGUGCUAUGAGCUGGGCUGUCUCCUCUUGGACAAUCCAGAGACUGUGCCAAGAGGCAAAACCUUACUGCUCCAAGCCAAGGAGGAAUUCAGUGGCUAUGACUUUGAGAACAGAUUGCACGUCCGCAUCCACGCAGCCUUAGCCUCUCUGAGGGAAGUGGUUCCGCAGUGA